CGCCCACGAGCUGGAUGUCGAACUAAACGACGAAGAAGAAGACGAAGGCAAACCAAUAAUCCUCUGAUUCCUGCUGUGACAGCUGUUGUUCUGUUGUUUGUCUUCUGGCUACAUUAAUAUAUCACCACAUUCAAAACAUUUUUAAUUUUGCGCCUUUCCAAAUUUGCAAGACAACAGCGCCAGACGGCCCGACCGGCUCGCGUUAGCUUCCCUCUUGCUGACUCUUCAACCGGCAUCAACAACAACAGCAGCUAGCUUGUUAGCCAGCUGGCGUUAGCCGAGCUGUCUCCUCGGUCGAGCUUCCCUUUGUCUUAACGAGCAAGUCAGCUAGCUGGGAUUGGUUCUCCUCUUGGUUAGCUGACACUUGCGAUUUUACUUUUUUUGUUGCCUGUCAAGAUUAAAGCAAACCAAGAUAGGCAGCUUGGGAACCAAGAUGUCGAACCGAGUGGUGUGCAGAGAAGCAAGUCAUGCCGGGAGCUGGUACUCUGCUUCGGGAUCCCAGCUGAACGCACAACUAGAAGGCUGGCUGUCCAAAGCAGAGUCUACGAUCAGACCUGCAAGAGCCAUCAUAGCGCCGCAUGCUGGGUACACCUACUGUGGUGCUUGUGCAGCACAUGCCUACAAGCAGGUUGAUCCCUCUGUUACUCGUAGGGUGUUCAUCCUGGGACCAUCACACCAUGUGCCCCUCUCCCGCUGUGCCCUGUCACCUGCAGAGAUCUAUAGAACACCUCUCUAUGACCUGAGAAUCGACCACAAGGUUUAUGCUGACCUCUGGAAAACUGGGUUGUUUGAGCGGAUGAGUCUGCAAACAGAUGAAGAUGAGCACAGUAUUGAAAUGCACUUGCCUUACACUGCUAAAGCCAUGGAGAGCCACAAAGACGAGUUCAGCAUCGUCCCGGUGCUCGUCGGGGCCCUGAGUGAGUCCAAGGAACAGGAGUAUGGGAAGCUGCUCAGCAAGUACCUGGCAGACCCUUCCAACCUUUUCAUUAUCUCAUCCGACUUCUGCCACUGGGGUCAGCGGUUCCGCUACACGUACUACGAUGAAUCUCAGGGGGAGAUCUACAGGUCUAUCGAGCAUCUUGAUAAAAUGGGGAUGGGCAUUAUUGAACAGCUGGAUCCCAUGUCUUUCACCAACUACUUGAAGAAGUACCGCAACACCAUCUGUGGGCGUCACCCGAUUGGAGUGCUGCUCAACGCUGUGGCGGAGCUGCGGAAGUCUGGUGUAGAAAUGAACUUUUCCUUCCUGAACUACGCCCAGUCCAGUGAGUGCAGGAACUGGCAGGACAGCUCCGUGAGUUACGCUGCUGGGGCCCUCAUCGCUCAUUGAGGUCAACUUCCGCCGGGGCCACUGCAGCGCCGCCGUCCGGCCCCUACUAUCUAUCUCCAUAACCCCCUCUGUUGCCCCACCCCACAGUUACACCCACUAUUUGCAGGAAGGACGUAGAAACAAAGCCAAUGUAGUCUUCUUUUGCUGUCUCUCCUCCACCUUGUUCCAUCCUCCUCUCAGUUUUAAGUGUGGUGUCUCAGAAAUUUAUGGUUGAAAUAUUUAGCUUGAAGUGCAGUUUUGAGAUAAUGGAGGUUCGACAGAUUGAAGAAUGGAAGAGCGCGUAUUAUUUUGUCUCUGAGUAAACGCUGGGAGGGCGAGAUGCUACUUGGGUUAAGUUCCGUUUGGUUUUCCUGAAAAAGCAAUGGAUUUGAGUUGUAAUAAUGCAACGGUUACAUUUGGGAUCUUGGCGAUCUCUGCUCAUGUAAUUUGCCUCAGAAAAGGAGUGAAAAUAAAAUUGCGGAUCUUAUGGAGCUUUUAAAAAUUUUGCCAGAAAGAAAAAUGGAGUAUUUUGACUAACUGCUUCAUGCUACAUGCAACUUAAACUCUGAAGAAGUGUCAUAGUUGGUGUCAAUCAUUGCUCAACACAUGCUAUUCGUUAACAAAGGGCUGCACCCAAAAAGGUCCAUUAACUCCCCUACUGUAUAAAACCAAAAAUGUUAUUAGUUUUAGUUUAUCAAAUAUAAUCUUUAUUUCAUAUUUUAUUCCUUUUAUUUCUCCCUUUAUCAGUAGUUUUUCUAGACGUGAUAGUAUUUACUCAAGUAGUUUGUAGAUUCAAACAAAAACAAAACGCGCUGUUGUCACCUAAAGCAUCAACUUCAUCUGGCCAAUAAACUUCUUCCAGAUUCCAGUCAUAUUAUUGUAGCAGGACAGAUGUGUUUUCCAGGGGGCCAGAAUCCAGUUGGAGAACUACAGCAAUGUAAUCAAAGCUGGAUAUUGUGUAAAGUAACACUGUCUUCUCUAAACCUGUUUACACUGUCCCCUUGAAUCUCUUUAGUUAAGGACCUGUCAGGAGAUUUGAGUGAACACUAUUUGUUAGACUUGUACAAAAUGUCUUUUGUUACACAUUCAGUUCUGUAAAAGCGGCAAAGCUUUUGUUUCGGUUUGACCAAAAAGUUAAAAGCUUACUUGAUCUGCUUAAGUUGUUGGAAAUGUUAUUAGAUCUGUUCGUUAGGGAUUUUAUCUUUUUCUGUUGAUAUAUUUUGAUUUAAGAAUGCCAAAAGUUAUUAGAAAUCAUUUAUUUAAAGAAUUGCUUUCCAGUUUAGUGGCCUCUGAGUGUAUAAGACUUCAGUAUCUCUCGAGGCAGCCAUUUAUCAUUUAGACACGGUAAAAAAAACAAGAUAAAAAGUGUUCUAAGAUCAGCACAAAGUCUGAAUGCUUUUCGGUCAGUUUUUAAGAAAGAGAUAGUAGUUUUAUGCUGUAGUUUGGAAUCUAUUAAAAAAAAACAUAUUUACUUGAUUAAAUGUCUAGCAUAAGGAUCACUUAGCAUACAGAAAAACUGUAUGCUAUGUGGUCCUGCUGCCUGAAAUGAUCCGAUUUCUUCUCAAAGAUUAACAAGCUACGCACAAAAGCUGAACGCAAGAACCUGAUGAUCCAUUGCGCCACUUUCGGGCUUUCAAUGGCAACACGACAGGCAGCACGUCAUGUCUGUUAUUUGAAUACAGCUGACAGGCCUUCACUGAUGCAGUCCCCUUAACGUUGGUCCGGCCCUCUCGGCAACAGAAGUGUUCUUGCACUUGGCAUUAAGCUGCAACGUCUGACUGAAAGAUGACCUCUUGACCUCUGGCGCUAAUUCAAGGGAAACUAGUAAAGCAUGACACGCUGUGCUAUUGUGCCUUUCAUCACCGUUGCACACAUACGUGUGAAGUGUAUUCUCACUUAUAGUCUUAUUGUCAUUGGUGUACUUUGGGCUUUUGUUUCCCCCCCAUGUAGCCGCCUGCUUUCCUAGUGUCCACCAAUGUGUCCAGCUCGGUGUGUGUGUGACCUGUCCCCGUCAUCUGUAGGUCAAGAAUAGCGCAAACUGUUAUCUCCUUAUCUCCAGCAGGGAGUGGUGUUUUCUUUUACGCCACCUCACCUCAUUCCUGCGGAGAGGAAAAAGCCUGAACCUCAACACUGUUGAUAUGGAUUGUUCUUUGUCUUUUUUUCGAAAUGGUUUUUCUUUUCGCUUGGAGAAUGGGAACUUACACGUCACAAACCCCAAAUAUACUACUUAACAACUCCCUUAAUGGAGUUUUUUUUAAUCUCAGGUUCCACUGACAAAGCAUCCCGAAAGGCUCUUGAGAUGAGGCCAUGGAUUCAUGUUACGAAACGAGUAAAAUGUACUGAAAAGCG